AUGACAGCGCCGGGGAGUAGCGAGUCAGAUCCUUUCCUUCUUGAUGUCAUACAUCUCCUAGGGAGAUACACCGAGACUGCCCGAGAUGCCCUUGCAGCAGACCUGGUGGAGGGAUGGGAGCAGCCAGCCUCUGCGCUGGCAUCGCCGGAUCCCAGCCACGAAGAGGAGGUACUGCGUCAGCGGGGUCUGGAAGACGAGCAAUCAGUCAUGAAGGCCUUGGAACGUUUCCGCUCAAUGGCAUCCGCUGAGCACCGCCGCUGGAUGACUGGUUCCAACGAGCUUCUGCAGAUGUACUUUGCAGCACGCAGGCAAGAGCUGGAUGUUGUCAGGCGAUGCUUCACUGAUUCCGAGUCGAAGGCAAGGUUUACAGCCGCCGUGGUGGACCGCACCACUGCCCACCUAGGACCGCUAACAAAAAAAAUACCUAGCUCGCCCCAGGAGCCAGACCUUGACUUGGCUUCCACCCGGCAGGCCUGGGCCAAGGAGGUCAGCCAGGGCAUUGUUGCGUCUCUUCGCCAAGAGUGGCGCUCUGGCCAAAAGCAGAUACUGCAGUUGUUGGCAAAGGAUAUGCACGAGACGAUCCAGAGCAUAACUGCUGCUCUGAAAACACACCUCGCCACGCAACAAAAGAUGUCAGAAUCGGCUGCGGGUGCCUGGAGUAGUCAGAUUACGAAGGUCCAGGAAAGGCUGGCCCAGGUGGUACGUGCCUGUAGAUUAGCUUUUGAGGCCAUGCUUCAGGCGGAGUUAAAAGAGGUUAGCAGGUAUACCGCUCGACAAAGAGAGUUCUUCCAGCGAGAACUCCAGCGCGCGCGUGAUGCUGAUGCAGAGGACUCGAACGCGAGGGCGGCUCAAAUAAAAAAGCUAAAGCUGGCCCUGGCUAAAUGGCAGAAGCAGUACAUGAGUGAUGCACUCCAAAGGGCGAAGGAAAGCCGGGCAAUCAAGAAGACCAUGGACGAGAAUGCAGCAGUCGACUUAGGUGAUCACAGGGAACAUGGAUGGUUGAGCGCACAACUGCCGGCCCUGAACGAGCAAGCACGAGAAGAGGCAGAGGCUGCCUUGGAAGGCUUCACUCAGGACGAGAAGGAUGAGCAUUUGCCACCGGUUCAGCAAGAGAUCCUUGAUCGACUGGUUGCAGAGUCGACAAGUGAUCGUUUAGAAGCAUGCGGGAUUGUGAUGGAACAUCUUUGGGAACAUUCCACUUCCCAAGAGGAUGCCUGGAAUUUCAUUUAUGGACUUGAAGAAGAAAUGCCAUGCACUGCAGCUGCGGUUGCCCUUUACGAAGAGCAUCUAGCAAAACAUGGCAUUCUGGCAGCACUGGGCGGCCCCCUCGUCACCAGCCCUGCUUUGGAAGAGGCUGAAGCUGCUGCAGUUGGUGCACCCAUCAGACAGGCGGCAGCAAAGCGGCAAAGUUCUGCGACUGCUACCGCUGCUACGAAGAGUGCCACAAAGUGCUUUCCAAGAUUUACAGGGUAG